GGAGAGAUAUCCACUGCACUGAAGCUUCCUCUGUUGCCAGAGAGCCUCCCAUGUGGCACCAGGGCUUCUUCUUAUGGCAGUGCAAGCAUCCUACUGGUGCUAAAAGGUCACUAAGACUGGAUGAUGAAUUAGACGGAAAUUCACUUCAGCCUUCAAAAAUCACAAGGGAGAAAAAAAGCAUUACAGUGUAUUCUCCAACAACUGGGACUUGUCAGAUGAGUCCAUUUACUUCUCCCACAAAUACUCCAGAACAGAAGCACAAGAAUGGAUCAUCAAAUGAUAGAGGCAGAGAGAAACCGAGAGGGGGACAGAGAAAGAACGAGAGAAACCUGUAGCACCAUUUCACUGCUCACAAAGCUUCCCCCUACAGGAAAAGACUGGGAAUUUGAACUCAGGACCUUGUGCACUGUGAUAUUCAUGCUGUUACUAUCUAAAGUUGAGAAAUCAUCAGAAGAAAUCAUGGAAAUAACACAAGCUUUAAAUAGUAUACAGGCUUUGGAGGGCAGUAGAGAGCUUGAAAACCUCAUUGGCUUCAUCCGUGCACCGCGUUUCUUAAAAAGAGACAUGCAGAAAACAAAGGAGCUAAUGACAAAAGCAACAGAACAAAAAUUGUUUGAGAAGAAGAGUUCAGAGCAGUCAAACAAAGAUUUACGACGGCUUGGCAGCUAUGAAUUCCUGAAAGCCAUCUUACCCUAAGGCAUUUAGAAGAAAUGCACUCACUCUGAGCACCAACUUCUGCAUCUGCCUGGUCAUAUUUAAAGGAAACGAAGAAAUGUUUGUGAUUCAUCUGCCAGCGAAUACCAGAUCGUAGCAGUAGGCAGGUGCUUGUCUAGAUACAAUUUCUUGCAGCUAAUUUAAACUUUCUACACACACCAGUAGGUAAUCUCAAUAUAAAUAAUGUGUUUCUUCUCGACCUUUUAAUGGAAGCUGAUAUGCAGAAAAGGAUCUUGACUUAUAUUGUAUAUCAUGUGUGUGUUUGCACUUGUGAACAGAUCCACUAAUAAAGCAUUUAUGAGAUGACA